CUCUCGGUUUAAUUCAAAGGCGGGAAGUUUUCACGAUAGCGAAAGUUAUUAUUAUGUGAUUUUAUAUUGCAAAACGCAUUGAUAAUUUACUGCGUGUCUUGUCAGUGUUUUAGAUUGUACAUUAAAAUAGCAGGCUCACCUCAUCAAGCGCACAUUUAUUUGGCCUUCCGGAUUAUACCACUUCAUGUAAUCCUAGAACUUGAAGCAAGAUGGGAGUCUAUGAGUUGUGGUCAAUCCUUGAGCCAGUGAAACAGCAUUUCCCACUGCACAGCCUCGGGGGAAAGACCCUUGCAGUUGAUUUGAGUAUUUGGGUCUGUGAAGCACAGUCUGUUAAGAGAAUGGUUGGAGUGGUUACCAAACCUCACCUGAGGAACCUCUUUUUUCGAGUGUUAACUUUAAAUUUAUUGGGAGUGAAGCUGGUCUUUGUUACUGAAGGUGAACCACCAAAGAUUAAAAUGGACACAAUAAUUAAGAGAGCUGAGAUGAGAUAUGGCACUUCCAUCAAUACCGGUUCCUCUCGGGCUGGACGGUCCUACUUCCAAUCCGUUUUAAAAGAGUGUCUUCGGCUACUAGAGUGCUUGGGAGUCCCAUGGGUUCAAGCAGCUGGAGAAGCCGAGGCAAUGUGUGCUUAUCUGAAUGCUAACGGCUAUGUGGACGGAUGCAUCACUAACGAUGGGGAUGUGUUUCUCUAUGGAGCUUGCACAGUUUAUAGAAAUUUUACUAUGAAUGUGAAGGAUCCUCACGUAGAUUGCUAUGAAGUGUCCUCCAUUAACCAGAGACUGGGUUUAGACAGAGAUGCACUGGUAGGACUGGCAAUUUUACUGGGCUGUGAUUACCUUCCAAAAGGAAUGCCAGGAGUAGGAAAAGAUCUGGCGUUAAAGCUCAUAGAAUCUCUUAAAGGAGAGAGUUUGUUGCAAAGGUUUUACCAGUGGAAAAAACAGUUUGAUGAUCAGACAGUAACCAGUAAAUCUACGAAGAAGACGGCUCACUGCACUGUAUGUUGUCACCCAGACACUCAAGCUAUGGAUUGGAAUUUUGCUUCUGAGCGCAUGGAAUGGCCAAAACAUUACGCCUGUGACAAGCUGCUAGCACUGCUUACACACUAUGACAUGAAUGAGAGAAAGGCUGGCAGGGAAUCGUCCACACAGCUGCAGCCGAUACGUAUCUUAAAGACUCGCAUCAGGAAUGGAAUUCCUUGUUUUGAAAUUGAAUGGUUAAAACCAGAUAGUUAUGUAUUUGGUGAGGAUCAGCCUCCUGAGUCUUCUCCAGUGACGAUAGAAGAAGAAUCUCUAUUCCAAGCUGCAUAUCCAGACGUUGUCACCUCAUUUCACAAGGAGAAACUAGAAGUUGAAGAAAAUAAACAAAAAACAGUGAUGGAAAAUAACAGCACAAUGUUACACACAACAGAAAUACCUGAAAACCCUAUAUCUCUUAGAAAAGAAAAUGAUAAAACAGACAGAACCGAUAUCUUUGAACUCAGAUCAACUAUAUAUGACAAUAUACACAACAUCUUUGACAAAACAAAUCAUACAAUACCAACUAUAGUCAAUAACAGCGAUAAAGAAAAAAUUAGAGAAUUUAUGAAUUUAUUAGAAAAAAAGCUUAUUCUGGAAAUUAGACACAAAACUGAGUGCAUCUUUCUUAAUGAGUAUUUAAGCGCUAAAAGAAUACCUAGGGGACUACGUAUAAAAAAGGAAUGCACAUUCAAAACAGAAUCUGAAGAAUUUAAAAAGAAAUGGGCUGAGAUCCUAGAUGAGGCAUCUGCUAAACUAAUGCAAUUAAUUAAAGAACAUAGAGAAGAGAUUCUAAUAAAGUUAGGAAAUGAAAUCAAUGAAAUAGAGAGUAAACUCCAAAUAUUUAAAGAUCUAGACGAAUACAAAAGAAAGGAAGAACAACUUAAGAAAUUAAUGAGGGAAACCAAGGAUGAACUGAUUAAAAUCAAACUAAAUAAAUUUGAAAGAGACAGAGAGGACUAUGACACACAUCUAAAAAACCCUGAUUCAAAUAAAUACACAAGCCACAGUUGGAGAAGAGACACUAUGAAAACCACAGUAGAACACAAAACUGACCUCCCAUCAGGGAUAAAUAAACCGCCCCUUACAGAAAAACAACAAUACAGAUAUAAGGACACUCAACAUAUCUUAUUCAGGGGUCCUGGUAUCCAGACACCUACAAUAUCCCCGCCAGCUCAGACUAAUACUGGAUGCUCUGCGAACUCGCAGAUUUUAGUUUGCCCUGAUAUGCCAGUACUACAGCCCCAGACGGUUGUUCCUAUCUCAACAUAUGCUGUACCCUGCACAAUCAUUCAGGGGUUGGUGUUUUUCCUCAUGACUUAG